CAGAUAUGUAUGACGGCAUCGAUCGUGAGUUUCAUAAUCCAACUGUCGGUGUAUGGGUUUGUGCCGAAGUUGCAGAGCCUUCCCGGCAAGUGCUUAAUGUCGCUCUCGUUAUCACUUUUGGCCACAAAUCUAUUUUUGAUACUUUCCUACAACACGGAGACGAGUCGUGAGAACAUAAUGUGUAUAAUCGUAGGCAUUGGUCGGCAUUACUUCAUAUUAGUUGCCUUCUGUUGGAUGUCUGUACUCGCGUUUGACACUCACUGGACAUUCCAUUUGCCGCAUCGCAACCAACUCAAGACAUCGCUAAAAGGUUAUCACAAGCGGACGUCUCUAUUCAUAAAAUACAGUCUCUAUUCGUGGUUAACACCGGCUGUGAUCGUCGGCAUAGCGGUCAGCAUAGACUACACAAUGCAAAGCGAGUCGGCGUUGAAGCCAAUGUACGGACAGGUGGUGUGCGGUCUGAGCCAACUGUUUGCCAUACUUAUGUGGAGCACAAUACCCGGCUGUUUAAUCAUGUUUGUCAACAUUGUCUUCUUCGCUAAGACCCUCCAGAAACUGAACCGAAUCACCGGUGAGACCGAGUUGGCCAAUAAGGCCACCUUCAGGGAGCGGUUCAUGUGGUGUUUCAAGCUGUCCAUACUGUUGGGCAUCGCGUGGGUCAUCUAUUUCAUCUCGAGCUUUGUCUGCGAGAUAUGGUUCCAGUACUUCUCGCAACUGUUCCUCUCAUGUCAGGGUCUGUUCAUACUGUCCAUCACUACACUCAAGAAGAGUGUAUUCGAGUCACUCAAGAGGCGAGUGUUUUAUCUCCGCAAUCGAGGCAUUCAUAGGCAACAGUCCAGCAAACGAUCGUUUCAGGCGUCGGCCUCUAUGAAAACGCUGCCCAUCUUCUGAGUGGUGACCGCUAUUUGUAUGGCUUCUCAUACACCC